UUUAACGUUACAUGUAGGUGAUAUUGGGCUUCGCGGAAGUUGACGUUUCCGACGGCAGAUGAAACGGAAAAUUCUUUAUCAUUUUCCUCAUCUUUAGUGAAAAUAAAGAUAAUUAUAUCAAACCGGUGUUUCAAUAGCAGUCCCAUGCUAGAAUGUCAGACAUGUGGAGUGAGGACACCGGAUUUGAUGUUUGAUGGCAGCUUUGGCAGUAUUGCGUCAUGCGGGCAGCAGUCCUCUGCUGUGGGGCUGGACUCCGCUCCUGUUUGCUCUUCUGGGCUCCGUGUUUGUCCUGCUGCUGCCUUUAGCAGGCAUAGAGGAGCAAUGCUGUGCCACGCUAAAGGGUAUCGCCCUCCUCCGUUGCCAGCUUUGGGGAGGUGUCCAGCGGCCUGUGGUGCACACGACCAGCCUUACUGUCCCAUUUACAGAGCUUGAUCUACUGCCACAAAAAGGCAAGCCCAGUAAAGAGAAUAAGUUGGAGGCGAAGGCGGCUCUUCAGCAGGCCCUGGAGAUGAAGAAGCAGGGCAAGAGGGAGAAAGCACACAAGCUGCUCGUUCACGCGCUCAACAUGAACUCUGAAUUCGUGGAGGCGCUCACCGAACUGGGAACAAUUCUGGAGGAAGAAAAGGACGUCGUCCAAGCAGAUCACCUCUACACCAAAGCUCUCGCCAUCUCGCCUUGCAAUGAGAAAGCUCUGGUGAGCAGGGACCGUACGCUCCCCUUAGUGGAGGAAAUAGAUCAACGCUACUUCGGGAUUAUAGAUGGAAAGGUACGACGUCUCAUGUCUAUACCCAAAGGCAACUCUGCUUUACGCCGGGUCAUGGAGGAAACCUACUACCAUCACAUUUAUCAUACAGUAGCCAUCGAAGGCAACACACUUACACUGUCAGAGAUUCGUCAUAUUAUAGAGACUAGAUACGCUGUGCCAGGUAAGAGCCUUCAAGAACAGAACGAGGCGAUCGGCGUGGACGCAGCGAUGAAGUACAUCAACACCACCCUGCUGUCCCGUUCUGAGGACAUCACCGUAGAUGACAUCUUAGAGAUACAUCGACGCGUCCUGGGCUACGUCGACCCCGUCGAAGCCGGGCGGUUUCGGACUAACCAGGUAUUUGUGGGGCAUCACAUUCCGCCUCCUCCACGGGAUUUGCACAGACACAUGCAGGAGCUGGUGCAAUGGUUGAACUCAGAAGACACGCUGCACCUGCACCCCGUGGAGUUCGCGGCUCUGGCGCACUAUAAACUGGUUUACGUGCAUCCGUUCGUAGACGGGAACGGGCGGACAUCUCGACUGCUGAUGAAUUUAAUUUUGAUGCAAGCCAGUUACCCUCCAAUCACAAUUCGUAAAGAGCAGAGGGCAGAGUAUUACGCUGCCUUGGAUACAGCCAACGAAGGGGACGUUAGGCCCUUUAUUCGAUUUAUUGCAAAAUGCACAGAAAUUACCCUCGAUACUCUACUGAUAGCCACAACAGAGCAUGCUGUUGGGCUGCCUGGUGCUGGUAAUCAUGCUUGCCAUAACUGCAAACAAACUAUACCUGCACACAGCUGAGAAAAAGUUCGCACACUGCAAAAAAUUAUUUUUAAGAAAAAAAAUUCUUAGUAUUUUUGUCUUGUUUUCUGUAAAAAUAUCUAAAAAUUCUUAAAUUAAGAUGCUUUAUCUUGAUGAGCAAAAC